ACGAUGUUGACCAACUCCUCCCUGUUGGCCAACUGCUCUGCCAACGCCUCUUCUACCAACAGCUCUAUUCCUCCGUGCCCUGACUAUAGGGCCACCCAUCGCCUGCACAUGGUGGUCUACAGCUUGGUGCUGGCGGCCGGGCUCCCCCUUAAUGCGCUGGCCCUCUGGAUCUUCUUGCGCGUUCUGCGCGUACACUCGGUGGUGAGUGUGUACAUGUGCAAUCUGGCAGCCAGCGACUUGCUUUUCACCCUCUCACUGCCCGUGCGCAUCUCCUACUACGCACUGCACUACUGGCCCUUCCCCGACCUCCUGUGUCAGACGUCGGGCGCUAUCUUCCAGAUGAACAUGUAUGGCAGCUGCAUCUUCUUGAUGCUCAUCAACUUGGACCGCUAUGCCGCCAUCGUGCACCCCCUGCGUCUACGUCAUAUGCGGCGGUCCCGCGUGGCGAGGCGGCUCUGUCUGGGUGUGUGGGCACUCAUCUUGGUGUUUGCUGUGCCCGCCGCCCGCGUGCACAGGCCCUCGCCUUGCAGCUACCGGGGCAUCGAGGUACGUCUGUGCUUCGAAAGCUUCAGUGAUGAGCUAUGGAAGGGCCGGCUGCUGCCCCUUGUGCUGCUGGCCGAGGCCCUGGGCUUUCUGUUGCCCCUGGCAGCCGUCCUCUAUUCAUCUGGGCGGGUCUUUUGGACUCUAGCGCGGCCGGACGCCACGCAGAGCCAACGGAGGCGGAAAACCGUGCGCCUUCUGCUGGCCAACCUCGUCAUCUUCCUGCUGUGCUUCGUGCCCUACAACUCCACUCUGGCUGUCUAUGGGCUGCUGCGGGGCAACCUGGUGGUGGCCAGCCAGGAGGCCCGCGAUCAAGUGCGCGGGGUGUUGAUGGUAAUGGUUCUGCUGGCCGGCGCCAACUGCGUGCUGGACCCGCUGGUGUACUACUUCAGCGCCGAGGGUUUCCGUAACACCCUGCGUGGCCUGGGUACUCCACUCCAGGCCCGGACCUUGGCCACCAAUGGGGAUAGAGGAGCGAGUGCAGAAAGAUCCUCAGAGGCCAUCCACACCACUGGAGUGGAUGCCACCAGUCAGGAGCUACUCCAGCCACCUAAACCCAGAAUGCCCUUCACCGAGUGUCCCCAGGAUUCCACCCUCUGAACGCAUAUCGCGCAAUAGUGCAGUCUGGUACCUCUCUCAUAGGCUUCUGGAUCCAUGUCCAUGAGGGAGGUGCACUGAGCGCUUGGAUUUCAGAGUGGAACUCCAGUUCUUGAAUGCAGAUGAGAACAAAGUGUGGAAACAAGGUCACAGGAAAGAAAGAUUGUUACUAGCCAUGGCUUCUUUAAGUUGGUGGUAGUAGGCAAAGGACUCUUUCUCCAAUCGGUGGGAAGUGAUGCAAUGAACCUGACCACAGCUAAGAGCUAAGAUGGAAAGGAAAGUGGAUACCCUGGAUUUUGCCACAGGACCACAGGGCCAAGAGCUGAAGAGCCCCAAACCUUGGUAGAUCAAGCUACUGAGAAGUUGGUGCCAUCUGUUGAGUUCUGUGCUGAUCUCAGGGCCAUGGACACCACCAUUCUCACUUCCACCUGGCCUCCUGCUACUUAGCAGGAAGCGUACAAGUGUUUAUUUGAUAUGGAGAGAACUGGGUUCCUUAUUAUUGAUUUCUAAUGGUUUCAGCUAGGACACCCAACAUGGGAUGGUAGGGGCAGGCAAAACUGUGAAUUAAAUUGUGAUACACACUGCCCCCCUCCCCAAAAUCCUAGUUUUUGUCCCUUGUCUAGGUCAUCGCUUCUCCUGCCAUUGUUUUUAGGGCCUCCUCCUUUCUAGGUCCUUAAUAUCAUCUCUGUCUUCCUGCUUUGUCAAAAGAAAGGAGAACAGUCUUUGUAUUAAAGCAUUGGUUCUCAAACUUCUUGGUCUCAGAUCCCUUUACACUCAUAGAAAUUGAGGACCCCAAGAGCUUUUGCUUAUUCUUUGUUGUUUUAAUAUUUACUGUAAUGGGAAUUAAAGCUAAUAAGUUUUUAAAACAGAAAUACACAAGCACACAAUCUAUUAGCCGUGAGAGUGGUAAUGUCAUCACAUUUCUUGAAGCCUCUGGAAAACUACAUUGUAUACUGGUGAAGAGAGUGAAAAACAUAAAUAAUAUCUUAGUAGUAUUAUGAAGAUAAUUUUGACUUCAUGGACUUCCUCAAAGAACUGGUCCCUGGAUCACACUUUGAGAACCAUACUUGUGCUAAGGUAUUAGAGUUCACAUUACCAUCUUCCCAGGGCAUUAUAUAAUAGUUUUUUGUUUGUUUGUUUUGUUUUGUUUUUAUGACUGUAAGGAGUGUGGUGCUCAACAAAUUAAUUGCUAAUAAUAGUGCUUAAGGCUUGGGGCUUCCUGGAGGCAGGCAGGAGUUUGUACACCAAAUGGAAUACCACCUUGGGCUUAUAAGGGCAGCAGCCUUGGGGGGUCAGGGGUGGAAUCAGACACACACACACUCCGGAGGAGGAGAGGGCGAGACGUCUCUAGUGGUUAGAAAGGAACUGUGCCAUAGCCAGGAGAGAAGAGUAUACAGGGAAGUAAGAGUGAGAUGAGAGGAUAGGAAUAGCCCGACUGUUCUUAGCAAACUAAAUGGUUUCCUUCCGUCUUGAUCCAAGUAGGGGGCUGGGAGGGCUGCAGAGUUAGCACCUUGACAUCUUUAGACCUUGGCAGUAAGAGUUGUUGCUAUGUGUGUCCAGUAUGCAUUUCCAUCCCUAUGUCUCAGUACUGUAUUUUUCUCUCCCUCUCUCUGUAUGUGUGUGUGUGUGUGUGGGGGGGGAGUGUGUGUGAGACAGUGUUAGGGUUUUCCUGUAUCUGUGUUUCGAGUUCAGAGUCAGUCUUUUGUGUGUCUUUAUGUGAGCUCUCCAGUUGGUGAUUUACAGGGGUAAAAUGACCUCUGGUGGCCAAACCAGGUAACUGACCCAGAUUUCUCAAGAUAGCCUUGAAGUCCCAGCCUUCAUCUGGGUAGAGGUUAGAGCCCAGGACCAGCUCCUUACCCAGUUGCUCUUAAGGCUUGUUUGUUAGCAUCCACCCCAUCUGGCUUCACCUUCAGAAUUCCAGACCUGUUUGUGCCUGUCCUGAUCUGAAGGCACAAGCCUCACCAAAUCUCUUAGUCCAACUCUGAGAACUUUAACACAAACUGAACUGAACACAAUUUAAAAAAAUAAAAUGAAGGGGCGAGGUGCAGUGGUGCGAACCUGUAAUUCCAGUGGCUAGGAGGCUGAGGCAGGAGGAUCACAAGUUCAAAGCCAGCCUCAGCAACUUAGUGAGGCCCUAAGCAACUUAGUGAGACCUGUCUCUAAAUAAAAUAUUUUUUUAAAGGGUGGGGUGUGGCUCUGUGGUUAAGUGCCCCUGGGCUCUAUCCCUGAUACCCUCCCCCAAAAAAACAAUAAUAAUUUGAAAGGGAAGAGGGCAUACUUAACAUUCACAAGGCCCUGAGUUUGGUUCCUUGUAAUACACAACUAAAUGAAUGAACAAAUAAAAAUUUUAAAAAUACUUGAGUACUUUUAUAAGCAGGUACAUGAGUGAAUUCUAAAGUAAUUAAAACACAUAUAUAAUCUGCUUAUUUAUUUUUCCUAAUUUUUAUGUUUAUUGGAUGUCUCCUUCCUAGAUAGAAUGUAAGCUCCAUGGGGGCAGGCUUUGGUUCUCUUAUAUAUUCACUAACAUCUAAAAUAGGGCCUGGCACAGGAGAAGUGCUCAAUAAAUAUUUGUUGAAUGGAUGAACAGUCA